UUCUUCCUGUAUGCUCAUAGCGCAGAAGAAAUAUGGCAGCUGUAGGAGAGUGAUGUGUGCUACAUUGUUUUAAAACCUUUAGAAGUCUCUGUUUAUACCAUUUUGUUAGCAAGUAGCUGUCUCGGUUGAGCGCAUUCAUCCUGUAUUCAGCCCUAGCGAGCGGCUACGAUGAGGAUUUUUCAUUCUUUACUCAAUGCCGCCAAGUUCAGGAAAGCGUUUGACUUUGGUGAGCUGGAGGUGGCGCAUUGGUUCCCUGGGCAUAUGGCUAAAGGACUCAAGCAGAUGAAAGCCAGUCUAAGGAGGGUCGAUUGCAUUAUAGAGAUCCAUGAUGCUAGAAUACCCUUUUCUGGAAGAAAUCCCUCAUUUCAAGAGAGCCUUGACGUCCGGCCACACAUACUUAUACUGAACAAGAUGGAUCUGGCAGACACGUCAAAAAAGCAGAGUAUUCUGAAGCAGCUGGAAAGCGAAGGUGUGAGGAAUGUUUUGUUUACAGACUGUUUAAAACAACGAGAUGAGAAUCUAAAAAAGAUUGUUCCUCUUGUGACAGAGUUGAUAGAAAGUGGGUCUCGUUUUCACAGAGAAGAGGACAGAAGCUACUGCCUCAUGGUCAUUGGCGUGCCAAACGUGGGUAAAUCAUCUCUGAUUAAUGCUGUAAGGAGGGCAUAUUUGAAAAAAGGUAAAGCUUCAAAAGUAGGAGGUGAACCAGGAAUUACAAAAGCUGUUCUGACAAAAAUUCAGGUUUGUGAGAGACCCAUAAUUCAUUUACUGGACACCCCAGGAGUCCUUCCACCUAGAAUAGAGAACAUAGAGACAGGCAUGAAACUUGCUUUAUGUGGUACCAUUUUGGACCAUUUAGUUGGAGAGGAUAUCAUAGCAGAUUAUCUGCUUUUCUCACUGAACAGACUGGAAAGAUUUAGCUACGUUGAAAAGUACAGUCUUGAAGAGCCUUGCGAUGAUAUCCAGCAUGUGCUGAAGUGUAUAGCGGUGAAGCUCGGCAAGACCAGGCGUGUGAAGGCCAUCACUGGAGUUGGGAACAUCACUGUCAAGUUGCCAGACUACAGCGCAGCAGCCUAUGAUUUCAUCAGAGCGUUUCGCAGAGGACAACUUGGAAAAGUUAUGCUUGAUUAACAGUGUUUUAAACAGCUGAUGUGUAACUAUUGCAAAGAAAGCUCGACCUUACUCGAUGUACGUCCAAGACUGGACACUGAGCACAUAAAAGCACUUAUUACUUUUAAUGUUUUAAUUAAAAGGUGGUGACCCAGG